AGCAUACCACAGCAUUUACUAGACAGUAUAUUUAAUAACGCCAGCACAACAGAAGAUACCCUAGAUUUUAGCUUUGACGAGAGAUUUGAGGAGAAUUAAUAGAAUUGAUAACUGUCAUUAGCGUCGUUAAAUUAAGUAUAGUAAACUCAAAGAGACCUUGCAACGAUAAAUCACCAGAAUGUUUAAGAAGGACUAUACAAUCAAUUCUUCCGAAGUUCAUGACCGGUGUGCCAGAAUACGGUGUUGAAAAUAUGGAUCCAUUCCAUAUAGAUAAAUUUGAGUUUGAUUUUGCUGGAAAUCUGAAAGGAGAGCUGAGAGACGGCCGGGCGAGAGGUCUUAAGAAAUGCAUUGUGGAUUCCGCAAGUUUGACGAAUGACGUUGUGGAAACUGUGCUUCACUGUAAUCUAACCAUCAAAGGGAAGUACAAAUCUUCUGGACACCUGUUAUUGUUUACAAUUAAUGGUAACGGUGUUACUAUGAUUAAAUGUGUAAACAUUAAAAUUCACAACGUCAUGAAAUUAGGAUAUGAAGUAAGGGCCGAUGGACAAAAAUAUUUGACAAUAAAAGAGACCAAAACAGACCACAGUUACGAUGACGGUCGUAUUAUGUACAACAUGACAAAUCUCUUCAAGGGCAGUCCUGAAACAAGUAAGAUAGUACUUGAGUUCAUGAAUGAAAACUGGCAUAUGGUUGCGGAAGAAUUUGGAGACCCGAUGGUCAAUUAUGGUGUAUCAAUAGUAAUAAAGAAUAUUCAGGAUUUAUUUAAGAAUAUACCGUACGAACGAUUUUUGUUCGCUGAUUUUUAAAACGAGGACUUUAAGAUUUGUAACUAUGAGUAGAAGUAAUAAAAAAGUCACUACAUAAUUUGUAAUAUAGCUUUAUUACAAUAUUUCAAAAUAAUUGCUAUCACAGCUUAUUCAUUAGUAGAUUUGGUUUGGUGAAAAUGCCAAUUAUCUGCUUGAUUUUGGAUGGAACUUUUUUAGUUUUUAAAUAACAUGAGGCAAACACUUUUUUGUACACUAAGAGGCCAUAUCUGUACACCAACUUUUUAAAACUUAUUCUAUCUAAAAUGCCUUGUUUCGUGAAAAAUACUGCAGUCAUUUACUUCUUUACUUUAUUUUUAAUUUACACUAAUAUAAAUAUAU